CCAAACACAGUUUCUUCUCGUUCUCCUUCCAUUUUGUUUUCACUCAAAAGUGAAAAAAAAAUAUCUGAAAAAGCAACAGACGCGUAUUCCGACCGAUCAAACAAAAUUUCCACUAUACAGUACAUAUAAUCACAAUCGAGAAUCGAAAACCCGACCGCCACGACGCGCGCUACAUUACACGCACUUAUUGAAAGCCAAACAGCGGAUAGCACUAGCAUCCCACAUACAUAGAUAUAUAGUCAUGGCGCAGAAUAUCAGCCCAGAGCAAAGUGGAGCAGGCGGCGGUGGCACCAAGCACAGCGAUGACUCCAUGCCCGUGAAAGACAAUCACGCCGUGAGCAAAAGACUGCACAAGGAACUGAUGAACCUAAUGAUGGCCAACGAGAGGGACAUCUCAGCGUUUCCGGACGGCGAGAACAUCUUCAAGUGGGUGGGCACCAUAGCGGGUCCACGGAACACGGUGUAUUCGGGGCAAACGUAUCGUUUGUCACUGGACUUUCCCAAUUCGUAUCCGUAUGCAGCGCCCGUGGUGAAGUUCCUGACGUCCUGCUUCCAUCCCAAUGUUGAUCUGCAGGGCGCCAUCUGUUUGGACAUACUGAAGGACAAAUGGUCGGCCCUGUACGAUGUGCGCACCAUUCUGCUGUCCAUACAAUCCCUGCUGGGCGAACCGAACAACGAGAGUCCACUGAAUGCGCAGGCCGCGAUGAUGUGGAACGACCAAAAGGAGUACAAAAAAUAUCUAGACGCCUUCUACGAGAAACACAAGGACACCUAGAGUUUGGCAAUACGUUGUCCUAUAUCCUAUGCUCAUAUUGCGGCGUAUUUAUUUACAUAUAGUGCAAGCAACUCCACUCAUCCGAAGAACCUACUGCCAACCAGCAACCAAUCAUCAAUCACCACCGUAACACCGAACCAUCAGUUAACUGGAUCACCAGAUCAAUUUCAACAAUGUUCAAUGCUGAUAGUUCAUUUGGCAGAAGACCCCGUGCGUUUCUUAUGUAAUUAUCGAUCGAUUGACGGAUAAUCUGGUUUUUAUUAUCAUCUCUUUCCUCCUCCCUACAAAUUAAUGAUAAAUGAAUGUAUUGGUAAUGUAAUUUUAAAACUGUCAUCCGUUCUUUAAGCUUAAGGAUAAAUUUUAGUUAAUUGUUUUAUAUACGCAUGAUUACUUUUUUGAGAACUACUGCGAGUGCGCCAUCGCCAUCGCCAUUUUUUUGUAUUGAUGAUUUUUAAUCGACUAUGCUGCUGCGCCGGCCAUUAUGUGAAUGUUAGCUAAUUUUAGGGCAGCCUCAUCGAUUCGUCGUCAACCAUUCGUCUUAGUAUCUCCAAUUAUGCGGCAUUCUCCCACAAAUACUGGCGUAACAAAAUUCCAAGUAAUUCGAAUCAUUGUAACAAUUGUGUUAGCUUGAUGUUAUUGAAACCACAAAUAAAACGAAUUAUUGAACUACA